UUAAUAAAAGUAUCCAUGGAGAACACUGAAAACUCGGUGGAUUCGAAAUCCAUUAAAAAUUUGGAAACAAUUAAAGUAUAAAACCUAUUCGAGGGCAGAGCAAACAUGGCGCUAUAGACAGAAGCACCACACUGUCCCUCCAUCGCAAAGACCUAAAAAGCUAAAACAGAGAAAACAUCAAUCCUGGAACCUUAAGCAUCAAAUGAAGAGAUAACGCAACGUAGCAUCAAAUGGAAUAAGAAAGUAACAGAGAACAGAAAGCGAGGAGAGAGAUGUGUGGAGAUCCACUAUCAGCUAACGCACCGCAUGUUCACCGUCUUGGACGCCUGUCAGAGAUCGGUGGACGAGGGAGUACGGGAAAGCAGCUUCACAGAGCUCCCAGCAGGAGACAGACCACCCGAAGGGUCCUCCAUGGAGGCAAAGCAGCAGACUCUGGGGCGCCCCUGGACAGUAGUUACAAAAUGGACUAUCCUGAGAUGGGCUUGUGUAUAAUAAUUAAUAACAAAAACUUUCAUCCAGGCACUGGAAUGGCACCUCGGUCUGGUACAGACGUAGAUGCAGCAAACCUCAGGGAAACAUUCAGGAACUUGAAAUACGAAGUCAGGAAUAAAAAUGAUCUUACGCGUGAAGAAAUUUUGCAAUUGAUGCACAAUGUUUCUGAAGAAGAUCAUAGCAAAAGGAGCAGUUUUAUUUGUGUGCUUCUAAGCCAUGGUGAUGAAGGAGUUAUUUAUGGAACAAAUGGACCUGUUGACCUGAAAAAAUUAACAGUUUUCUUCAGAGGAGAUAAUUGUAGAAGUCUAACUGGAAAACCCAAACUUUUCAUUAUUCAGGCCUGCAGAGGUACAGAUUUGGACUGUGGCAUUGAAACAGACAGUAGUCUUGGUGAAGACAUGACAUGUCAGAAAAUACCAGUUGAGGCAGACUUCUUAUAUGCGUAUUCUACAGCACCUGGUUACUAUUCCUGGCGAAAUUCGAAGGACGGCUCCUGGUUCAUCCAGUCACUCUGCGCCAUGCUGCGACAGUACGCCCACAAACUGGAGCUCAUGCAUAUCCUCACUCGGGUCAACCGGAAGGUCGCAACAGAAUUUGAAUCCUAUUCCCUUGACUGUACUUUUCAUGCAAAGAAGCAGAUCCCGUGCAUCGUGUCCAUGCUCACAAAGGAGCUGUAUUUUCAUCACUGAAGAAAUGGUUGAUUAUUUUUUAAUUUGUAAGCCAAGUGAGAAAAUGGUAUAACCCAUACUGUAUUUCCCUCUUUUAUUGAAGUCUCAUACUUCAGCUGGUCCUUUGAAACAUACCAUUUUCAUAGCAACAGAGCCCCUGUGAAGCUACCUCAAACUCAAAAUCAGGUAGUUGAAAUCAAAUUUAAUUAGGAAUAAAUUUAAAUGGAUAAUGUUAUAAUCAUUAUGAGAGGAAAUGAUUGUAGAUUUGCAUCUCUCGUAAUUAGCAAGUUUGAGUGAUACUGUACUAUGAAUUUUCAAGUGAUUAUGAAAAAGUUACAUAUUGGAGUAAUGAAUUAUAAUAAUAUGCCCCCAGUUAAGACUAUGGGUUUUAGUUUUUCUCAGACUGUAAAAACGGUGAUGUGGAAUAAUGGAUCCUAGAACUUGGGGAUCCACUGGCAUGAUCAAAGGCUUGAAGACCUUUACUUUUUUUUCUUAAUAAUAUUGUGUUUUAGGUGAAAGUUUACCUAGCAAAUUCGGUUCCCCUUUAACAAUUUUUAUACAAACUAUUCUGUGCCAUUGGUUACAAUUUUCACCACGUGUCAGCAUUCUCAUUCUUUCCAUUCUGUUUGCCUUGAUCUAGCUUCCCUUCCUUUCCUUGCCUUCUCAUCCUGCUUUUGGGUAACCAUUGAUUGUUUGGUCUCAUGUAGUUAAUUAUUUAAGGGAGCAUAUUACUCACAGGUGAUAUUGUUUAUUUUAUAAGCCGAUCUGUUAUUUGGCUGUGAAGAUCUUUCCUUUUAAAACUGGUUAAUUGCGUUUUUAGAACAUUUACCUGAGUUCAUGAUUUUGUGAUGUUUUAUCUUGAGCAUGUCUUUGUGGGUUUUUUUAAAAAAUCAUGUUUCGUAUUGAAAAAGAAAGUAGAGAUUUUCUUUGAGAGUACAAGCUUACUGAGUUGACUCUUUAAAAGCCAAAUGCAACGUUAAAUGAAGGGACAGAAUUACAGCUAUGGGUGCUGAGAUACAGCUUAUCUAUCAGCAUAAGUAUCCUAUCAUUUGUUCCUAUGCAAAUUAAUCGUUUCACAUACCAGCAAAAUUCCUGAGAAGCUGUUAUGUAAAAACCUCAAACUUCAUGUUUCAUUAUUAGCAGCAUGAAAUGAAGCAAUUCUAGAGGAGCAUACCAAGGUGCAGCUUGUAUGAUAAGCAAUUUGAUGUAAGAGCAAUAAGCCAAUUAGCUGGGUACCUGGUAAUCAGAGUGAAGGUGGUUUGAUCCUGCACAGUCACUGCCUCGCUUUUGUGAAGAAGGCAAGAGCCACAGUCCUUCAAAAAAGGAGUUCUGGCUUAUACAGGUAUACAUGGGGGAUAGCUUCCAAGGCAGGAACUUCCAAGUAAGUGAACCAAAUCAGAAGCUUCUAAAAUGGAAAUUUCCCAAAGGUGGUGGGAGUCACAGUAAAAAUCAUAGAACUCUUUGUAGUAAAAUUUUUAGCAUACUUGAAGUUUACAAUCAAAAGGAAACAGUGAUACCGUCUUCCACCAUCCUCUGAGCUGAAAGGACCAUGGCACACAGGACUUGAGAAAUCACCCAGCCUGGGCCUCUCGUGGUGCCUGAGGAAGUGGAAGGCCCGAGAGGAGCAACAGCACAGCGCGCAGCCUCCUUCCCACGGAGGUGUUGGGCUAUUACUGCAUCAUCCUGGCAAUGGCUCUCAGUCUGACCUUUUUAGUUAGCUUUCUUUUUGUUUAAAGAAAGAAAAUCACAUAUAUAAAUGACAGCUAUUCGUUUUUACUAGGUUUGUAUUUUUUGUAAAUGUAGCAUGCAACGGUAUCUUAAGGUUGUUGCUGUGACAAUUUUGUAAAAAUGUGUUAUUCUGAAUUUUUACUUCAAAAUAUAAGUUUAACAAAAUUACCAGUGUGUUCAUGUUUUUUGUUGUUGUUAUUGACUUUGAUGUUGUGCUACUACUAAUUGGAAGUGAAACUAUUUUUAACCAAGAGCUUAGUUUGAAGAGUCAAAGAGAAUGCAACAGUACUCUAGUAUUUUGAGAUGGUGGCAGAUUACCAAAUAGGGUAAGCAGACUUCCUAUGCUUCCCAAUUUCUCUCAGAGGCCCUGUUCCUAAAAUGACCUUGAUAAGAAAAUACUAGGUUUGCAUACAUCUCAGUCCUUAGGUACAAUUAUAUUUUUGUUUGUUUGCUUUGUAGAGUAAUGAGUAACACCGUAUAAAAGAUAUUACUGAAAUAAAACAUUUUCUACCAUGUAAAUUUUAAAUUGGACUAUCGUUAGUUGCUCUCGCGUCAGCUCUCACUUAUGGCAACCCAUGUGUCAAAGUAGAACUUGCUACAGAGGGUUUUCAAGUCUGUAACCUCUCAAAGCAGAUCACUAGGCCUGCCUUCGAGGAGCCACCAACCUUUCAGCUAGUAGUCUGGCACUUGACCAUUUGACCCACCGAGAGACUCCUAAAUUGGGCUGAUGAGGAAAAAAGAAACCAAGGGCAUAUGCAACAAACCUUUGAUGUUCACUGAUGGCUGCUCUGGGAGAUAAGAAUUGACACAAGGGAAGAUGUUUCCUUUUUUCUUCGUGUACUUAGAAAAAGAAUAUAAUAAAGUGGAAAUGUGGGUGGUUUUUAAUUCCUUUCAAUAUAUCUAUAAUGAACAUGUUACUUUUAAGUCAGAAAAAUAAAAUCAAAUUGUCCUAAGUGGAAACAGGACUCCUGCAACAGUAAAUGGUGGUGUUAAUGACUGCUUUGACUAUUUUAAAGCUGUGAUUCUGUGAUGUGUUGAGACAAUCUAGCCCAUUCUAAUCUCUACUGUAAAAAGAGUUCUCAUAUAUUAAAAGACCCUUGGGUGGUGCAAAUGAUUUGCACUCGGCUGCUAACUGAAAAGCUGGUGGUUCAAAUUCACCCAGUGGCGCUGCAGUCUACUUCCGUAUGGUUACAGUCAUUGAAAACCCUAAGGACUGCUGUUCUCCUGUGACACACAUGGGAUCAUCAUGAGUCAGAAUAAAUUCAAUGGCAAUAGGGGCAUUUAUUAAAAAGAGAAGACCAACAACCCAAUAGAAAAAUGGGCCAAAGACAUGAACAGACAGUUCACCAAAUGUCCCUUAAACUUGGGUAAAGAGUUUAAUCAUGAUUAUAAUUAGAGAAAUGCAAAUUAAAACUUAACUAUCAUUUGUCACCUAUCAGACUGGCAAAAAUCCAGAAGUUUGAUAACAUAUUCUGUUGGUAAGGCUAUGGUGAAAUGGGCAUUCUCAUGUACUGCUUGGAGAACAAAAAUGUAUAAAUUUCUCAUGGAGGUUGACUUAGGCUGGGUCCUCUAGAGAAGCAAAACCAAGAAAGUGUAUAAAUAUAUAAAGAGAGAUUUAUGUCAAGGAAAUGGCUCACUGGUUUUUAAAGGCUGUAAUAGUCCCAAGUCCAUGGGGUAGGAAAGAGGCUUCUGAUUGACGUAGCCACAGGUGCUGGUGAACUCAAGAUCGGCAGGCUGGAAAGUAAUGCUGUUGCAGGCUGUGAAGAUCGACAGAUCUCAAGAUCAGCAGGCAAGACUGCAGGUAAGCUGCUAACCCAAGUCCCAAGAACUGGAGGUCAGAUGAACAGGAGCCAGCUGCAGGAGCCAGAGCAAGCAAAAGCCCCAGCAAAAAGGGCAGGAAGGACUAGGCAGUUGAGGGUGGAGAGAUGAAGGCUGAGGGGGCGAUGAGUUGCCACAGGCCCCACCCCCACCAGUACCACUCAACAGAUCCUAUCAUGGAGGUGAUCACAUAACAAAUCUCAACAGGGAAGUGAUCACAACAUUAUACUACUGCCAAAACAAGAAUCGUGGCCCAGCCAAAUUGACAUACAAUCUUAACUAUCACAGAGGAGAAUCUGGCAAUACCUGUAAAAUUAGUUGCUCCUUAAGGUAGCAGCCUCAUUUCUUGAAACCCAACCUAUCCAAUGACCAGCACAUGUACAAAAUUAUAACACAAGAUUAUUGAUCACAACAUUGUUUUAAUGGUUAAAAAAAAAAAAAAAAAGG